UGAUUGGCUGUGCUCCUCUUGGGAGGGAGGGAGAUCGAAAGGCUGAACCAUCCAAAAUAGAAAAUUACGUCACACUUUCCCAUGACAACCCCAGCCCCCUCAGAUUGGAAGGGAGUCCCUCUGUAUUGGUCCAUCUCCCUUCAUCAUCACCACCACCUAUCUCUCUCCGUCCCUGUCUCUCACGUUCGAUCGCCGUACGUCUAGUCUGCGCUCGAUCCGAAAUUUCCCCUGAGCUGGAGUUCGCGAAAUGCAUGCUGGGAACGGGUGAGGUAGCGGCUAGCAAAGAUGGCGGACGGUGAGGAUAGCUCCGCCGGUGGGAAGCCGAAAUCGGCGCUUAUGCGCCGCCAUGAACAACUUCAACGAUGGAAAGAUUCGGAAUUUGAUAGAGAACCAGCUGAAAGAAAUGCCAAGAAAGCCAAAGUGAAAUUUGCGGCAGGAUGUGUAUUUCUAGCGGCCUGUGCAAGCGAGGAUUUGGAUGAGAUCGAAGCACUUAUGAAGCGGGGAGCGGACAUAAAUUAUGCUAAUAUCGAUGGCUUGACUGCCCUGCAUCAGGCUGUCAUUGAUGAAAAGAUUGAUAUGGUGGAAUAUCUGUUAGAACAUGGAGCAGAUAUAGAAGCACAGGACAAUGAAGGCUGGACAGCGCUACACGCCGCAGCCUCCUGUGGAUUUGAAGACAUUGCAUCAUAUUUAAUAGAAAAUGGGGCCAACUUAGUAGCAUGUAACAAUGAAGGGGAAUUACCAAUGGAUUUGGCAGAAGAGGAAGACAUGGAGGAAUUUUUACAAGAUGAAAUGGAUAAACAAGAUUUAGAUGUAGAUCAGGCAAGAACGGAGGAGCAUGAUAAGAUGUUAGAAGAUGCUAAACAAUGGUUAAAUAGCAAACAAGUCAAAGACAGGCGGCAUCCAAAAACGGGUGCUACCUCCCUCCAUGUUGCUUCUGCUAAAGGAUAUAUCAAAGUUAUGGAACUUCUUAUACAAGCAGGGGUUGACGUGAACGCAAAAGAUAACGAUGGAUGGACGCCACUCCACGCGGCGUCGCAUUGGGGUCAUAAAGAUGCCUGUGAAGUCUUAGUAAAAGCCAUGUGCGAUAUGGACGCAAAAAAUAGAUUAAAUCAUACAGCAUUCGAUUUAGCAGACGAAGAAAUUCUAAAAUGGCUCGAGGAACUCAAAAAGAAACAAGCAUCAAUGAAGAAGGACGAGCCAACCGCUCCCCGGAUCGACACAAAAGUACCUCCACCAUUGAAACGAAGACAACGAUUAUCAUCGUCGGGUAGCGGGAGGCCUUCCCGCGGUUCUCGCCGAUACAGUGAUGCGAUAACGAGUGAUGAGGAGAUCGAGAAGGCGUUGAGACUAUUACGGAAGUAUCAGGCUAACCAAGAUAAACCCGAACAGCCCCGCAGGUCGUCUGUUACUCGAAUAAGCGUCCCAGAUCGGAACAUGCUUCUCCACCAGGACAUGGCGAAGGAAAGGAAAGAACUGGAAAAGAAAAUGCACGGAGGGGAUAAGCAGGUCAAGAAGACGAUGGAAUCAUCGAGUUCCAGCGAGGAGGAAAGUGAAAGCGAGGAGGAGAGCUCCGAAGAAGAGAGCGAGGAAGAGAAGAACAGCGACAAGAACCCGACCCCGGUCCGAAGGCCGCUAGAAGUCAACAGUAGACUCGGCCGCCCGACGAUCACUCCUCAGCCUUCCGCUCCAUCGAAAAAAGAAAUGCCUAGUUUUUCACCCAAACCCUUAGCCCCUCAGCAAGCGCAGGUCAAGCUGCCCCCUCCCAAGCAGGAGAAGAAACAAGAAGAAGAAGUUCCAGCCUGGAGGACGGGUCUAAGGAAGACCACCAGUUCCAGCACGGUCCCGGAACCCAAGAAGACCGAAACCCAGGCUGAUAAGUUGGCCCGGUCCGCUUCCACGCCCCGAAUACCAACCUCAAAGCCAGAAACUAAGCCUCCAGCACCCUGGGAAAACCAGCGGGUAUCUCGACCAGCACCCCCUUCCUCCACCAAAACAGUGGAGCCAGAACCCAGCAGAGAGGUCAUACUCCCCUCUCCACGGGGCAGCGGAAGGCGCCGUAUCGCUGCCGAGAUUAUCACAGACCAGGAUAGGACGGAGCCGGCCCGGGAUCGAACUAUCCGGGACCGGAGCGUUCCCAGCGCGAUCACAACACCUAGUACUACCAACGAUACCACCUCCACCACUUGCAAUAAUAACACCCCUGUGGGUAGCUCUGCAACCACCACGAUACCUCCAUCACGAAGGUCGAUUAUGACACCGUCGAAGGAGGAGGAGUCGGAAACGCAGAGGAAAGCACGGGCAAAGAGGGAGCGAUCAAGUCGGAGAUCAACGCAGGGUGUUUCAGCAGAAGAUAUAGAAAGUGCCGUCAGUACCUUGAAAAAUAGCGAACCUAAGACGCAAGAUAACAGAGUAUCCGAAAACAAUAAACAAGAAACGCCAAGAUUGCGACCAAGGAUAUCAGCUUCUACAGUAGAGAAUAAGGAUGAUAAGCCAGAGGAACCUCAAACAAUGACCUUUGUGGCGCGACCGAGUAGAAGCACAACCUCAGACUCAAGCAGUACCCCAACGGCCACAGCAAGACUAGGGAGAUCCAACAGAGAUGAUAAAUCAGCAACUGAUGAAGCGAAAGAGCGGGCGAAGGAGCGGGAGAAGGAACAGGAUGCCUUGAAGAAGAAUAGCACCAGUAACACCGCCCUCUCCAGGAGGAGACCGAGGGAGAAGAGGAGAGACACCGGGGUAAUUCAUCCUGUAGCAGAGACGAAACCAAAGGAGGACGAAGAUGACGACGAGGAGGAGGAAGAAGAUCCACUAAAGAGCCGACGACCAUCUCCUCUGUAUUCCUCUUAUACAACCGACCGUUCUUCAAGACCGUCAUCAACUAGCUCAGUAGGAAGCAGAUACGGGGACUCAUCGUCAGUGCUGGAUAGGUCCAGAGGAGGAACAGAUAGAAAUCAAACUUCAACUCGUUCUACUACGGGACAAUCAUGUCCAUCUUGCAAAAAGUUAUUUGAAGAGAAAGAUGCACUUAUAAGCAAACUUCAGGGUGAGGUGAAACAGAAGGAUCAAGAGAUAGCUGAACUAAAGAGCCAGUCAGAUCGUAGGUCAGACUCAAGGUCGGGGGAUUCAGAUAAAAGAGAAAGACGGGGAUUAGAAAGAAGAAUUUCAGAGCUUGAAGAAGAACUCAAGGCUAUGGAACAACUAAAGUCUGACAACCAGCGACUGAAGGACGAGAACGGUGCCUUAGUCCGGGUUAUCAGCAAGUUAUCCAAAUGAGGCCUACUGGUCCCUCUCCCCGGACACCACUCUUUCACCAUCACUGUUACCUCCGCACCUCCUCAUCGGCUCCCUUGUCGCCAUUGGUUUCGUCGUCGUCACCGUCGAUCAACUGUAGUUUUUGUCUCGCCAGCCAGAACAACCAUCGUGAGGUUUCCAUCACGUGUCCUCUGUUCUGGACGCUCACGCGCGACAUUCCUGCUGCCUAGGGCUGGCUCUUGUCAAUCCUUGUCCUCCCAAGACCAUCCCGUCUUCCUUUCUUGGCUAAGCCACCCCUCCCCUACUCCAUUUACUUGAUGUACGUUAAAAGAUCGCUCAGUCUUUCUUUUAUAUUCUUGUUAUCGAUGGACAUGUCCCCCUUCCCUAUUUGUCUGCUUCCCCGUGAGUUAGCUUUACCGCUUUGCUUUCGUAGCCGAAAAAUGUGGGUAGCGUAGUCCUGACAAGAAUCCACACGUUUCCCAGAGCAAGGGGACGUUGGGCUCUGUUCAAAUCUUGAUGAUUGUAUGUGUUACCAUGGCGAUGGGUGCUACCGGAGGUCAAAAGGUCAGGCUAAGCAGGAAUGCCCAAUCGUGCGCUGAGUGCAGGGAGGAUGCGUGAUGGAUACGACAGCAAUCAGCUGACCGAGAUUUGACCAAUCAAGACGGAGCGUGGCGGAGGAAGGUUGCGUCUCGCCGGGGAACGGAGUGGCCGCCCUCGGAAGUGUGUCUAUUUGUAGCUUUUAGAACAAAACGAAAAAAAAAAGAAUAUGAAAAGGAUCCUACAAAACAGAGUUUGCCGAACGCCUUCAACUAAGCUAUCUGUGAUUCUAAAUCGCGAGGAUACAUCUCACACUGGACUAUGAAAACGCUGCCCUCUGUAGUUGAAGUGUGGUAACGUUGGCACGUUUCAAGUAGAGUGAUCAAAUGGCCAAAGCAGCGUUGAUUAAAAACAGGACCUUUGUUUUAAGUGUUUCUUGUUGGAGAGUAACAAAGGAGUAAAUGGGGAGAGCCCUCUGUAGGUAAAUAUGUGUAGAUGAGAUAAAAGAACUACAUAGACCAUGAUAGAAUUUGGGCCAAGCGCUAUGGACAUUUUUUUUUCAUCAUCAUUUUAUGUUGUAGUAUUUAUGACAUUUUUUUUAUUACAGGUAUUCAUUUCGAUUAUAUAUGUAUGAAUGAAUACUCCUCAGAAUUUGUAAUUUUCUCUUUGAAUUUCAUGUCUUAACAAAUAAUUAUUCAACUCUUGAAGUUUUCUUCUUAUAUGUUUGGGGAUGUUUGUUGAAAUGUGGGCUGGCUUGCAAGGCUGUCCCAUAUUUUUUCUUGAUCAAAUCGUGAUAAAUUGAUUAGCGAAGUCUUCCAGGGAAUUUGCCAGCAUGAGAAUUGCUGCAAGUCACUCUCUUGUAAUGGUUUGGGCUAUUGAGUGAGUCUUUUCACUGAAGUUACCAAAAACGAGUCUGGUAUUUGAUCAUUUGUUUGUGAUGAUUUGUGUAGAUUUCUGUACGAUAGACAAAUAACAAUCUCGUUGGAAUGUUAAAAAGGAGUACUUUAACCAAACUCGUAGCUUGUAGACAAGAAUAGUUAACAUUUAUUAUUAAUCAUUUGACAGUAGUCAAAAUGAAUUACCAGAGUUUAAUAUUCCUUAUUCGAUCAGAUUGAAUUUUAAUUGUCUUUUUUUGGAUGCCGUUAACAUUUGAUUUCUCUCUAUCUAAUGAUUUAUAUUUUGAUGUGAUAGGAUAUGGACAACUUUAGAAUACCAGAUCAAUUAAUGUUUGAUCUCAUCUCGGAAAAAAAUUCAACUGAGAUGUAAAAAAAAAAUAUGGUGAUGUAUUGAUGAUAACAGUAGGAAGUAUUUAAAAAGCAACGGUAAGGAUUGUAGAUUUUGUGUGCAAUAAUUAAGAAGCUUGUGUAUUAAUAUCAUAUACUGUUUUCCAGUAUAGGCUAUUUAUUGGAUUGCUGUAUCUCUCUAACUCACUGCUGGCUCCGGGCACACGUCUGGGGAAAUACCUGGGGGUGUUUUCACUGACAGAUAAAAUCAAUUUUUAGCCGUGAAAUCAAAGUUUGUAAAAUUUGAUUGGACUGCAGCUUCUAUGAAUAUAUCGUAACUGCAAGUGAACCACGUCUGGGAAAACCUGGUUGUGUUUCACUAACGCCUAAAAUCAAUUUCAAGUGAGAUGAUAAUCGAUUUUAUAUGAUUUGAUAUCGGGCUACUGAUUGUAGAAAAUUGAUUUCAGCUGUAUGUGAACCCGGCCCCUUGAGCUAAGCUCUACUUAGAACCUAAGUGGGUACAUGUAGUAUUUCACUUCCAUGCGAGAUUUUUUUUUUAUUUCACUGUAUCUAGAUAAUAUGACUCAGUCUCUGUGGUGCUUAUGCAUUGUCGUGAAAGAGCGAGCGAAAGAGAGCGUGUGGGAGAUGCGUGACAUAGCUAAAGAGAGAUGAGAAAUCAACAUAUUUUACAUGUAGCCCUUCGAUUAUGUCUCCGCUAAAUUUUUUUUGCGUCUUUUUGUAGAUCCCUACACAUGUGCAUAGAAUCAAAUUAUUUCAAAAUUGUUUUGUUUUUUACCGGUCAUGUUUAGAGGUCAUUGUACUUUCUGUAACAUUUUUUUCUGUUAUGAUUAUUAUUAGAAGAGUCGACUACAUUGCAUGAUAUUUGUGUGGUGCUAUGUGUGACUCUCUUUGCGAGCAAGCAUGUUCUGGUAAAUCCUUUGAAUUAUUUGUUGUCUUCAACUUAGAAUGAAAGCUGUCCUCGAGUAUUACUACAAAUGAUACGACAUUUACAUUCGUUUGGCAAGGCUUGUGGACUACUGUCUAGGCUAUCAUGUUUAAUUGCACUAUAAAUCACCAAUAGGCUUUGUUUUAUUUUAUUCUCAUGUUUUAUUUGAUUCAUGCAAUGUUGGUUUUUCACUGUUUUUUGUUGUAUUUUCAUCUGUUUUUUUCCCACCCAUUAUGUGGCUAGAAUACAGGGAACUUUUUCUAGUAAAAAAGAUAUUUUGACGUGAAAUUGGUGAAAUUGAGUAGGGUAUAUACCAAACUCCAUGUUAAAUUGAGGUGUUUAGACAGGUCAAUGUGUUUCUUAUUAAGGAGAACCUGAUUCAAUCCCAAAGUUUUCAUAUUUUGUUUGCUAUUUUGAAGAGACCCCAAGCCGAGCCUUGAAGGUUCAUCACUUAUUUCAGGGAAAUGAAAUGAGAGAAAUAGAGCAAGAGUUGAUUUGAUCCUGCCGUGGUCUGAAAUCUUUUGAACUUGUGCUUUAUAGAGUUUUAAAGUAGCAAGAGUCGUAGGUGUUAUUAUUUUAAAUCUCUUAUCGUAGCACUUGAUGUCUGAGAUGCAGAUCAUUUUAACCUGCCAUGGAAACUAAAGAUAUUUUUUUGCUGUCCUCUAAAAUCACUGAUGUUCUCAAGUCCACAGAGACCUAACUACAUUGGCUUCAAGUCCCACGUACUUGUUUUUGUGUCCUGUCUAUGUCAUUUUGCUGUUAUUGCAAUUCAAUAAUUCAAUGAUUGAUAAAGCUUUGGGAUUUUUUUUUCUUUGCAUUUAUAAUCAAUUUAAUGGGAAAAAUGCAGCUAAUAAUGUGAUAUAUAAUAAGUUUUUGGAGGGGCAGGUUCUUUUUAUAAUAACAUGCACUCGGUGAACACCUUGUUUUUCUUAAGCACUGAGCUUGGCCAAUCUCUGUUUUGUAUGCGUUGCCAAUAACAUUCAAAGAACAAAUUGUUUAGAAUUAUGAAUUUAACUUUUCAGUGCUUUUUUUUUUGUUUUAAGUAAGAUUUAUGAAUAAAACAGUUUCAAAGAAAAGGGAAAAGGGGGAAUUAGAUAAGUCCCAAAUUACUUGGCAAUCUUGUAUUCUUAGUAUGUAAAUGUCUGUAUGAUUGUGGGUGUGGUUGUGUGGGUGUGUGUGUUUGGAUGUGUUGCUUUCCCUUUCUCUGACUGAACAGGUUAUUUUUAUAGAAAUAACUACAAAAAUCAGAGAUGACUAUUCAAUAACAUGUGCAUGUUCCACCUCAGAUGAGUUUAUGGUAGCCUCAAAUUUUUAUUUUCAUUUUUUUUUGUAACAUGGCUUGCACCUAGCCACUUUGGAAGGAAAAAGAAAUUGUCUUGUACUAGUCUCGUAUUCAGCCACUGUAGAGCAUUUUGUAAUUGCUUGAGCAAUUGUAUCGGGUGUGGAGUGCAGUGCCUAUCUUACAAAAUGUUUUUGUAAAUAUAUUUAAGAAAAAACAUGGGAGUAACGUACGUUGGAGGCAUGAUUUGAUAUACCAAAAAAAAAAUGCCCUGGGUAUCGAUGAAAAUACGCUGGGGAUACGUGAGAACAUGUUUCUGAUCUUUAAUAAUCAUUUAAGAUAGGAUUGCAGUCCAGUUUUCAACUCAUUUAUUAUUAUUAUCAUUACAGCAAUUGAGAUGAAAUGGUUACCGUGAUGAAACGUUUGCCUUAUUGGAAGAAAAAUACCUCCCGGGUUCAGUUUUGAGCUUUUAAUCGCACAUCAGUUUGAAACAAACUCUCGAGUCCUGUAAGCUUGGGGUGCUAUCUUAUGCUUUAUUCACUUUUCCCCUGUGUUUUAUAGUAAAUGGGGGAGAGCUCGAUAAAGCAGAAAAAUAAACAAUUAUUUGGAGUGUGAUGUAAUUGAUUAAAGGUACAAUAUUUUCCAUAGAUUUGCAUUGCAGAUAGUUCUAUUAUAUGAAUAUUAUUAUCCAAAUUCUAAUUAUUAUUAUUACAUGUAGUCCAUGGUUUAACAAACGCUGUACAGAGUAGAAAUAUUGUAGGCUAAUAUUGGUGCUUUAUAACGUGGCAAGUGAGAGUGCGAAAAAUAAAGACUUUUUUUGUACGUCAGGUGACUAUUCCUUCGUUGGAAUUCACGCAACUUCUUGGUAAAUCUAUGCACUUGUGUCCGUCUCGUUUUUUUUUCUUCAAUGUCUCGCCCUUUCUCCCCUCUUGUUUUUAAUGUCUAUGCUUUUUUAGUUCAAGCAUUUCCCAAAAUUUUUGGUGAAUAGUAGUAUCUUUUUUCCUGUCUGAUUUCAUUUUUUUUCUUCCGAGAGGCUUCUUACGAAGAAACCUACAAUGUUGCUCAAAAAAUAUUCAUAGCUUGCUUGUUGAUUUAGUAUGUAUGGGAGCUUCGAUGGUAAUUGAAAAAUUUAUUUCAGUAAUUCACUGCUUCUUGUUUCCCAACACUUCUCAUCUUAAAAAUUAGUUGUAAAAAAAUCCCUGAAUCUACAUUUUGACAUUCCUUAAGGCUUAUUUAAAAACUUUUUGUAGCGUCACUGAGAUGUCCCGAUAUCGAAAUUCACAAAAGCACUUACACCAUGUGACUAUAUAGGCUGAUACACUGUCUUUGUAAUUGACGAGGGGGGAAUCCCCUAAAUGGAGAAAUGGGGAAUCCCCUCUUGUGAAUCUGCAAGGGUGUGGCUAUGUUUUGGUUGCCCAUUUGAUGGGAAGUGCUGGAAAAUGAGAAAUUGGCUGAAUUACUGACGAAUGUUUAUCACCGCAUUAUUUAUUCCGUUCCCUUUGACUGUAUUUGAUCGGAGGUAUUUUAUGAAAUGUUUUCGUGAAAUGCUUCCACGGGUGCAGGGACUAAAUUGGAGUGCCUGACUUUUGAAGAGAAAUCGACAUGCACAGCUUACAGCAUGUGGGACUAGAAGCAAUGAAAUGUACACCAAACUGAAGUUAGCGACUUGUAUUUUUUUCCUCACAUCAUGAAACAGACAUGCUAAAAUGCUACCAUUCAUCUUAUAUCAUUUCUUCCAACUUCCCUUUCACCUGUAACACUUUCAUUGCACAAAUUUCUUUGUAUAAAAAAAAAGAACGAAUAUCGGAGGAAUGGGUGGAAUUUUUUUGUGAAUACAGCUGUUUUUUGUGGUUGUGAGUUUCUGUUAUGGAGCACAGUCUCACAGCGUAUGAAAUAAUUCUGUAUCUAUUUACGUAGGUAAUUCUCCAUGUUUAUAACUGUAAUGUACAGUUCUUGAUACUAAAUACAAAACUAUUCUAUGUCCUGUAGGAAAGAUUGAUUUGUAGAAACACAGUGUAUUCUCAGUUUUAGUUUCAGGGAAGGUUGGAUUAAUCUUCUCCUUUUUCUCUCCUCUCUCUCUUUUCAUUAUUUAUCUUUUGUUACUAUUUUAAGUUUAUUUCAUAAUGUGUUUCGUUUGUAAGAGGAGGAAGGCAACUCUGGCUUUGUCAUAUUAAAAUAGUUCUCAACAUGAA